UAAUGAGUUGAAAUGAGACAAUCGGUUUUGUUGUUCUUUGCCAUAGAGCUACGCCUGGGAGUCCGUUUAAUAACAUAACAAUGGUUGAAGCUGGACCAGCACAGCUGAUAAAAGAGCUCUUCUCUCUCCAGGAGGAAAGAAUCAAAAUUUACAAACAGUUGGACCAGGCUCACAUUGUGUACCUUGACACAUCUCCAGACUAUGACUUCCCAGUCUUCCGCCAAGUUGUCCACGACUGCACGGAGGAGUUCUCCAGAGUUUCCAAGCGAGUCAUCGGGAUUGAGGAGCAGUUCCGGGAGGCGUUGCACAAAACCGAGAUUGCCAGAUUGAUCCGAGACGUGCAAGAGAAUGAACAGAGCAAACUAGAAUUGACGGGGCUGCUUCAGAUAGCCAAGCAGAGACUCCAAGAUGAUCCUGGAGACAUGAUCCAAGAUGAAGUCACUCAACUCAAACACAAACGAAACGCGACCAUCUCACAAAUUGCCGAACUGCUGCAGGACAUCCGAUACGAAGCCGAGGACUUUCUGACAUGACUAUGGCCACACGAUCCUUCCAAGACAUCUGUUCUCGGAUUGGAU